AUGCUCCAGAAGGAUCAGCGGGCAUUUUGUUGUCAUCCAGCUUUAGUCAGCCGUGUAGGGCCGGGUGUUUCCUUUCGACUUGAUGCUCACGUUUUGGUUUUAAAUUUUCAGGACGAUGGAGACGAAGAAGACGAAGAUGAAGAAGAUGAUGAUUUGGAAAGUGAAGAUGAACAAGACGAACCAAAAGCCAAAGUCACUCAAAGUGGACAGUGGCCACUGGCAAACCUUACUCCGGCUGCUGACAAAGAGGACAUGAAGUGCAACCUCUUCACUUUGUGGGAGUACCCCCAUGGAGCACCUGAAUAUGUGCGGCUGAAUAUUGAAUCCUGGAGGCGGCACUCACAUGGUCGAUGUGCCGAACCUAUCUUCCUCAAUGAGAAGAAUAUCCAUCAAUAUAUCCCAGAUCUUCCUGAGGAGCUUCAGCAGUACACGUUAUACUUCUAUACACCAUUGAAACUAAGCACAUGGCAGCUGAAGGAGUACUUCAAGAUUCCUUACCAAGCAGCACGAUCAGAUGUGGUGUCACGGCUGGACAUUGAGGACGUCGGGAAGACAGUAGUGUCAGGCAUGCCUUGCCCAGGCGAAGCUUCCCUUGGCUAUGCAAGCUCGUGCAACAUCACCACAUCUGCAGACAAAUAUCUUCGGACUUCUCAGCAGGUCUUGGUCACCCUGCAAGAAAAAGUUGUAGCAAGUUUACGCGGGGAGGACCGUUGGGGCCUUCGGGAGUCUGGCAUUGACGAGCUGAUUCAAAGCAUUGUUGAGAAGGGCGGCAGUGUGGAGCUUGCGGCCCAACAACGCAAAGUUCUAUGGCUGGACCCCAAAUUUGCCGGUGGUUUGGGAUUGGAGCCUACUUUCCCUGAUCCUGCAGAAGCAGCUGUAGCUCCGCCUGAGGAAUGUCAAGACACAGAUGAAUGCUGCAGCCCGAGCCCUUUCUUUGAAGAUGCCGCCGCCGCAGCCUUCUCAUCUUUGCUUUUGGUUCCCUUGAUUUAUUUUCUGUUUCGGCAUUUGUCCGUCAUGGCCUGCGCCGAUUCUGCUUUGCUUUUCCUCAUGGAUGAAGCUGGGGUCAGUUCCGACACCCAGAAGAAAAUUUACCAAGGGGGUUUCGAUACGUUGAUCAGUUUUGCGGGCUUGGAUGAGACCUCAGCUGGGGUUCGCGCUGCUUUGAAGCAAUUCGGUUUGGAUGUGGAGACAAGCUUGGCCAUUCGCAAAGAGGUGGCUUUGCUGGUCGGUGUGUGGGAAAGCGCCAAAACACAGCGCGCUAUGCAAGUGAAGCAAAAGCUUGAUGCCAAUGCAAGUGGGCCGGCGCGCUUGAUCCAGACCACGGAAUACGCCGCCAUGAGGUCCGCAGUGGAAGCUAUGCAAGGCAGCCUUCGUGACAAAGAGGCUCCCAGCAAAAGUUUGGUGGCCUCAAAGCUGGAGCAAUUGGAAGAUGGCGCACCAGUUGCGGAGGAUUUGCGGGAAGCCACCUCCUUUGAAGAUUCUGCAGUGGAAGCUUACAGUGCCGUGGUGGACCCGGGCUCCAACUUCCUGCGGAUUCGGCCGGGCAAAAGCACUACAACCCCGCCGAGCAAUCCCGAGGAGCUACGACUCCGCCAUCGGCGUUUGGGUCUUGCUUGGGCAUUUGUGAAGUCUCGGCAUGCUAAUCGGGCUUGGAUCAAUGCUUCUAUUGUGGAUGACUUCCGCAAAUUGUCCGAUCAUGUCUUGGGCUCUACAGUGGCUGGGCUUCGCACUUCCGCAGGUGAUUUGGGCCCUGCCACUCCGUCGCCGGUGGUUGGGAGCAGUCAAGCGCAGAGUGGCGACAAUUUUGGCAGCGUGGAUGAGAACGCUGCAAGAGAUGAGGCUGAGUAUGAGGAAGGUGGUGCUGGCAUCCAUUUGCAAGGCAAGACAAUUGCGACAAUCCAAACCUGCAUUUUCAUUAGUUGCUUGGUCGUCGUUUGCUUCGACAUUUGCAACAUUGUUUGGAUGUGCGCAAGAUUGGUUUUCUUCUUGCUUCUGGAAAAGUCACCAGCUGCCCUUUCAGCGAUGAUUUACUGCAGAGUGGUCGCGAGAAUUCGCGAGAUAAUUUUUGCAGAGUUGCGGAAGGCAAAUUGCAAAGCGCCCAUUGAAGAGCAGGGGCAGCCCUUUUAUCUAUGCGAGCUAGAAGCAAUAUUGGAUUUAGCUGGAGACCCAGAUGCAGCAGCGUACCACAGUGGGACUCACUCCUUUGCAGAAGGGGUGCGGUUAGGAGUUGACUGCACUUUGCCUCGUGUACCAGCUUUGUUUACUGCCAAGCAACACUGGCGCUGUUACGAGCACAUCCAGGAAGAAGCCGGCGCGGAAAAGGAAUUGGGAAAAAUUGCAAUUGCAUCUCUGGGUGCUCUGGAAAAAUCAGAUGGAAGCUUUCGGGUCAUCCAUGAUGCGACGCAUGGGCUGGCAGUGAACGCCAAGAUCAAAGUGUUGGAUCAAGUGCGGAGCCCUACGGCCAUCGAUGUUCGCCGUGCAGUACAAGUGCUUCCAAAGGCGUUCUUUGCACUGAAGGGUGAUGUCAGCAGAGCCCACAGACUGGUGAAAAUAGAUCGGCGGGAUUGGCGCUACCUGGCUUGCAAAACUGAUGUCAACCCUGGCAUGAUACGGAUCAACAAAGUGGGGACUUUCGGGGUUGCGUCUGCGGCUUACCACUGGAGCAGGUUGAUGUCAGGGCUUGGCCGCGCUGCGUUCUACAUGCUUGGCAAGAGCGGGGUCAUGCAGCUGGUCUAUGUGGAUGACCUCCUGUGGUUGGUGGGCGAGAAGGGCGGCAUCGAACUGUUAGUCAUGGUUAUCUACUUCUAUGCGCGAGCUGCUUGGUUAUCAGGGUGGCUUGCCAAAACAUGUGAAGCGCGCGAAGUUCGCAUAGCAUGCUUGCGGGCUGUUUUGGGGCGUCUCUGCUUUGCCUGCAGUGCUUUGUCAAACUACAGAGCAUUCUUGGGACCACUGUUUGCCUGGACGGCCGCCUUGAUCAAAUUUGAAUACAGGCCUUUGCCAAAGAUGGUGUUGCUGAUCAUGGGAUUCCUCAGCAAAGUGUUGGCUAGUGGACACAGGGUGCAAGCUGUUGGAACAGGGCAGAGUAUGCCGCCAGAGAUUUUUCGAACUGAUGCAAGAGCAGAAGGUUCAGAUAUUUGGAUUGGUGGUUGGGCCUUGGAUCAUUCAGCGCCGCUGGUUUGCCGAACGCCUAGAUCAUCAAGGCGCCAGCUGGGUGUUCACGGCGGGAGAGAGCUAUCGAUCGAUUGCAUCAUUGGAGCUGCUGGCAACCCUUGUGGCGGCGGCGAUGGUGUUGCAGGAUGCUGCUCAGCUGGGACAGACAACAAAGGUAACAGCCACGUGGUGUCACGGUGCGUGACAACAAAGUUCCCUUUGUGCGUGUUCAAUAUGGAGUUGGCGGUGCAAUUGCAAAAGAGAGGAGCGGAACUACAUCUUCACUGGCUGCCUAGUUUCGCAGAUUCCAAGCGGCUUCGCUUCAAGCUGAAUGAGUUUCGUGGGGAGGUGCUGGCAGAAGCACUGGAGUUUGGGAUAGAUCUCUAUGAAGAGGUGAAAUCUGCAAAGGCGAGAAAGGGCAGAAAUCAUCCGGCCAAGAAAGCAAGGAAGGGGGAGUGUUUGCGAGACACAGACCCCUGGUAA